ACUAGGACGUAUGACAGCUGUUAUAUCUUUAUAAUCACUAAUCACUCUUCGCCUACAUAAACUCCCGUUAUAAAUAAUAUAUCCGAAAAAACGGAGAAUUCAUAUUUCAGAACAAUAAACAAAGCACUUCAUAGAUAAAGAUAUUAAUCUUAAUAUAUACAACAUGUCACAUCAAACUGGAAUACAAGCUAAUAACGAAUUGAAGAAAUACUUCAGUAAGUGUAGAGAUGGGAAAAUUCGUGUCCUAAAAAUUAGCAUAGAAAAUGAACAACUAACAUUAGCUAAACACUAUCCAGUUAAAAGUACAUUUGAUAGUGAUUUUGAUAAGUAUGUUCCGUCACUGAUAGUCGAAGACUUGCCAUGCUAUAUUUUAUACAGAUUUGAUACAACAAAUUCCCUCGGGUAUGAGUGGCUCCUGUUGAGUUGGUCGCCGGACUCAGCUCCAGUGAGACAUAAAAUGUUGUACGCUUCUACGAAAGCAACACUGAAACAGGAAUUUGGAUCGGCCCAUAUAAAGGAUGAAAUGCAUGCCACAAGCAAGGACGAAAUAUGUCUCAAAGGUUACAAGGCCCAUGUUAGCGGAGUGAAUGCCCCCGCACCCCUCACUGAUAGAGAGGAAGCAUUAAAAGAAUUGCAGGAAAGUGGACAUGACCCUAACUACGGUACGGAUGCCAGACAGUCAACAAUGGGAGGGAUAGCAUUCCCAAUAACAGAAUCAACAAAACAGGGUAUUAUUGAUCUCCAACGAGGUUCCUACAACUAUUUACAGUUCAAAAUAGAUAUAGAUGAAGAAAAAAUAUGUUUGUCAAAAGCAGCCAUGAUAAAUGUGUCUGAACUACCAGCUCAAGUUCCAAGUGAUCAGGCGAGAUACCACUUGUUCUUAUUCAAGCAUUCUCAUGAAGGAGACCACAUAGAGAGCUUUGUGUUCAUAUACUCAAUGCCAGGAUACAGUUGCAGUAUUAAAGAAAGGAUGAUGUACUCCAGUUGUAAGGGACAGUUUUUGGAUAUCUUAGAAAAUAUGGGUGUUGCUAUCGCUAAGAGGCUGGAAAUAGAUGACGGUAAAGAAUUAACUGAAGAUUAUCUAUAUGAUGAAAUUCACCCAAAAAGAAACUUACACAGACCAGCCUUCGCCAAACCGAAGGGCCCUCCGAAUAGAGGCGCCAAAAGAAUCACUAAAGCGCAGUCCACUCAAUAAUCAACUGCCAUUAUUUGUAUGCUUUAUAAUAAUACUAAUUAAUUAUGAAAACUUCCAUUUUUAUAUUUAUUAAUUAUAAUAUUUUUUAAUGAUAAAAUUGGCUAACCAUUUUAAUAAAUACAAAAUUUAACAUAAACAAUAUAUUCGACUUGAAUAAGUAUUACUAUAGGUCACUAGUUAAAAACUACACCUGUGAAAUUAAUAAAAUACUGUUGUAUUAUGAAAAAAAAGCAAUAAGCAGUAACAGUAUUAAAUAUUAUAAGAAUAUUUAUAUUGUGCAAUGUAAUUGAAACGAAGUGGUUAUUAUAUAUAUUAUGUUCAAUGGUAAACUAACGCUUUUUAAAAAUUUCAGAAAAUACUAGAUUUUUUUCAAAGGUAUAAAGAUAAUGUUGUGAAUUUUAGAAGUUGAAUGUAUGCUGUCAUUUAGAGUCUCUUUUCAUUAUUAAUUUUAAGCUUUAGCUACGAUAAUAGAGAUCAUAUAAAUUUAUGCAUAAUAUAUGUAGUUUUUAAUAUUUUUUUAAAUUCUCUUUACCAUUUCUGUAUGAUUUAAAUAAUGUUAUGAUUGGUCAAAAUUUAAAUUAUACUUGAUAGAAUUUAUAAAUUUUGGUGUUCGUGGAACAAAUGGAUCUGUAAUAGUGGGCUCAACUUUAUUUUCAUAAAUAAUAAUCUGUCUUUAAUUUUUUUAUAGAGAACCGAACCAUUAAAUAUUGACAUAGGCUUAAAAAUGUAAAGGGUGAAAUCGAAAACAAAUUAAUUUUACCUUUAAACAUUGAAUAUCUUAAACACAACAUGCGUCUAUGAGCUUUAAAUAUAAAUGUUACCUUUAUUGUCUGUUUGUCUAAAAUCAAUAAUUAACGCUUCAAUCAUAAGUACUUUAGGCUUUCAGAAGCAAAAAGUAUAAAUUUUUAUCUUUCAAAUUAGAAACAUAGUGACAAAUAUUUGUAUUAGGACAGGUUAGACUAAACUUUUUAACAAAGCUUUUGUUCAUGUACAAUUUUUGCCCUAUUGUUUAACAAGUAUGGACAUAUGAAAAUAUGCAGACAUUGGUAACUAAACUAUAUAUGUACCUUGAAGCCACAUCAAGUAACUAUUUAAUAUAACGAUUUUUUUAACAAAGAAUUGCAUUAUUUUAUUAAAAUUAUGUUUAAAAAGUAAUGGUUAAUUUUUUUACUUUUUAUAAAAUAAAAAUGAUCCUCUCAAGAUUCAUUUGUUCCAUCCUAUAUAUUUAAAACUUACAUUUCAGUAUAUAUUGCAUACACUCUGAGAAGAAAUGGCGUAUAAUCCUAUUCAAAGCUUUUUAAGCAAGAAAGGCAAUGACUUUCAAUAAAUUGUCAAAAAUAUUUUAAUAAGAAAAUGAUUUAUUGAUUCUCAUUAAGAAAAAACCUUUAUCUUGCCAAAACAAUUGUAACUGUCACUUUUAAACAAAUAUAUUUUUAGUCAUAUUAUUAUAUUAAGUCAUAUUAUAUUUAAAGUUUUUAAAUCUUAAAUUUUGAUGUGUAAUUUUGAUUGUCGAAUUCAUAUUUUUUUGUGCACAAAAGAUUUAGAAAGUUUGUAUAUUUGAGUAUAUUUUUGUAUUUAAUCAAAGAAUCUUUAUUGGGUAGUGAUAAAUAAAUGCUUUUGAUAUUUAA